AUGAUCCUAAACUCUGUUGACAAACGUGAUGUGUUUUCGGAUGAACUACAUCCGUAUAUCGUCCAAUGGGACGGAACAGUGUUCUGGACACCUACGGCAGUUUUUAGAACCUACUGCAAUUUGGAUAUGACCAAGUUCCCUUUUGAUGUCCAAAGGUGCACAAUAUUCUCAAGGGUGGGUGUCACACUGAUACUCGCUCGUCGACCAGCGUUCAUCGUGCUCAACGUCUGUCUUCCCAUAGCAGUCUUAUCUUUGUUAAAUGUAGCGGUCUUCCGAGUGCCCAUUGAUUCUGGCGAGAAGCUCAGCUACGUAUUAACAGUGCUGCUAGCUCUUGCAGUAUUCAUGUCGAUUGUCGGCGGUAUGUUACCAACGACCUCGACCACCAUCCCACUUCUAACCAUCUACCUGUCAUCGCUUCUAGGCUUCAGCACGUGUUCGGCGCUUCUAACCGUUUACAUCAUGAGCGUGGCCCACCGACCAGAAUCGCGACCGGUACCAAAACCUCUAAAGCUUCUGGUUGUGUGUAUGAACGGCAGGAAACCAAGGGACAGAAUUCAACCACUAAACGAGGACGCAAAGAUAAAUUGGAAAGUAGUUAGUGAAGCGCUGGAUAAGCUAUGUCUAUAUCUGUCAACCUCGUUGGUGCUUGCUACUUCUCUUGGCGUUGCUAUCACCAUCACCAACGCACGUAACUAAGAUACGAAAAAUUAAAUGGUAGUUAGCUUUUCGUUUCUCUGCAUUAGGGUGGAUCUGUCGUUCAGAUUGCAUCACCAACUGAGGCUAUGCGUGUUCACUGUUCAGUGUCUAUAUUUGUCUAAUGGUCUUUGCUACUUCUUUUAGCAUUACUAUCAUCGUCACUAUAAAUGAUGAAGGUGAUGAAAUGGGGUUUAACGUCCUACUGUUCUGCUCCUAUACUGGGCUAAUGAAGACGAACAUACGCCAUACAGUGUGCUAUGAGGGAACUUUUGCCCGGGCAGCGGCACUAUCGCCUACUCUUAUAUCGAAUUCCAACUGCCAAGGGAUCUUUUACGUGCAUUCCAAUGUAUACACGGGACCUCGGUUUUUCGUCUCAUCCGAAGGACUAGACAGCUAUCCUUGCCAGGCCCUCCAUCCUGCAUCACUGACAAGGGGGAAACACGCUGGAAAAUCUGGAUGAACAUCCUCGCGUCACUAUAAAGGGCGACACGUAUUCAAAAUAUGCUCUAUAUAAACACCUAUAUUUUAUGGAACACUAUUUAAAGAUACCUUAUGGGAGAUUCGAUAACGAGUUGGCAGUUC